CCUCUCUCUCUCUUCUCUCCCUCUGAGUUCUCCAUUAGCGUGAAGCUUUGGUGGGGCUGAAAAUGGUGGUGAUGACCAGUGAGGAGGAAAUCAGCGGAAGCAGCAAAGAAGCAGAGGAAGGAGCCAUAGUUUCAAUGCCAAAACAAUGCUCAAACAAAGGUGGCUCAGUGUUAUUACAGCGAAAGCACAAUCUCUCUGUCACGUUUCACAGAAAUUUUCAAGGGCAGGUAAUGUUGAAGCUGUUCCAAGCGCCUGAAAUAACGAGUAAUUUUGGGGCAUUUCCUCCAUCGUCACGCUCUCAAUUCAAGUUUUGCUUAGAAGAAGUUGCGGAAAGCACUUCCAGUCCCACUAUUUUCCAGAAAAAAGAAAGCACUUCCAGUCCCAGCAAAAAAGAUUCGGUGAAGAUGAUUGGGUGGAACAACUCAGAAACUACUCAGCGCUCUCAAAUCUCAAAAACACUCAGAGAAGUGAUUAAAAGAGCCGUGAUGGAGUUUAGAUUAUCGUCGUCUGCAUUGAAUGUCGACGAGAGGGAAAACUUAAACGACGUCGUAGAGGCCGUUCCAGUGUCCUUCAGACCCCCCGAAUCCGUAAACAUGGAUAUGGUUUUCUCGCAGAGAAAGAGAGUGACGACACUGCUGGUCGGGGAAAGCUUAGUCUCCUUCAAACUUCCUCGCAGCUGUAACUUUGAUCAAAAAGAUCUUGACGAGUUGGUAGAGGCAGAAAGAAGGGCAAAUGGAGAGAAUAUUAACAUUAAUAAUGCGCCUAAAUAUAGUUUGGUGGAAAGAUUAGAAGGUUGGAAAAUGGAAAGACGACAACGCGUCAAUGGAAGAUUUGACAUGUACUACCAUCACCUACGAUCUAGGAGGACGUUUCGGUCGAUCACCGAGGUUGUGAAUUUUUUUCUGUUUGAAGUUUAUCCAGACAAACCUCUAAAAUCUGCUACCAAAUCAAAGAUUGGAGAAGAUGAUCAUGUUUCUGGUGAAAAAUCAAAGAGGAGAGAAAGGAGGAAGAGGAAAUUGAUUGAUGAAGGCAAGAAAUCAAGGGAGGAAAUGCACCCCAUCUAUGAUCUUGAUGGUGAAGAUCAUGAUCAUCACAUCCCCAUCUAUGAUCUUGACGGUGAAGAUGAAAAGGCAGAUGAUCAUCAGAAGCCCACCAAUGAUGUUGAUGAUGAAGAUCAUCACAGCCCAAUCCAUGAUGAUGAUAAUGCAUAUGAUCAGAAGGAAACAGUGGAGAAAUUCUUGGCAGAAGCAUAUAAUAAUCUUAUAAAUGGGCAUCAGGAUAGGAAAUUCAGUAUCGAUAUCAAUGAGGAAAUUGGUGAAGAAGAAGAAGAAGAUGGGAAUUUCAAACCCAAUAAUCAGACUGUUGAGGAAUUACUGGCAGAAGCUUAUAAUAAUCUUCUAAAUUACUCCAAUAAUGAACCCAAGUUCCAAAAAGCAAAAGAAAAGAGAUCAUCAAGAUCCAUAGAGAAACCAAGAAGAAAAAAGGCAAAAACUUUCAUCCCAAUAUCCUUUCCUUCUUUUCCCAAUCCUCCCAUCAACUUAAACUCCAUUCCCAUAGAGAAAGAGAGAGAGAAAGAGAAGAUUACAGAUACAGUAGUGGAACAACAACCCUCCAUGAAAGUGGAAGAAAAAGCUUCUGUUAUUGCAAGUGUGAAACACAAACGUUUCAAUAUCAAAGAAGUGAAUGGAAACCUCGUCUUCUCCGACGUGGACUGCGAGCCAAAUUAUGCUUCGAUGACGACAGCGGGCGCAGGCGGAGGAGGAGGCUCUUCUGCAAUAGAAGUGGCAAAAUCUGUUGCAUUUUCUCAUAUGGAUGAAUGUGAUCUGAUCAACCAUAUCCCAGAAUCAUCUGACAUGUUUGACCUUGCUGUGUUCUUGGCCAAUAAUAGGGGCAGUGGAGGAUUCUAAACCCUAGCUAAAACCAACAAGUUAAGGUUUUUUCUUCUCCUUUUUCUUUCCUUUUUGUUUUUAUGUGUUUACAAAGACUCCAAAUAAAAACAUGUUUCUAAUUAGCUUUGGAGAAGUUUCUAUCUUUAAAUUAAAAACUUGUAAAAGUUAAGAAAAGUUUAUCUCAUGUUAUACAUUUGCUAA